AUGCUUCCAACCCACCCCGACGACGAUUGCAAUGACUGCGUCCCAGCAUACUUGAACCACUCGCCGUCUUUUGGAACGAAGGCGUUCUCAACCACUCCCUUCAUCGCCACCUUUGCCCUUCUCACCAUCCUCGCUUACCGCAAAGUCUUCCCUCUACUGCAGUCUCAAUAUGGCUCUUCUCACGAUGCUUCCAAAACCCUCCCUCGGCCCGCCACCUCAGGGCCCGAGCCCGCCACACAGCAAGUCGCCAGAAGAAUCGCGGCCUUGACGUUUUCUUCUACCAUUGCACUUUCGGCCGUGUUGACCGAAUUGUUGCUCUGCGAAAUCUCCAAUUCCUUCAAUCCCACCGCCCGGAGUAUCGCUCUGCAAAUCACUGUCGCGAGCCUUCUCGGGCUGCUCGUGGUGGCGAUCCCGCUCCUCGGAAUCUCUUCUGCGGUCUCAAAAUCCGGCUACAAGUUCCAUGGUGCCCAGAAAGGUCGCUUGCGCCUAGCGUGGGUUCUGGAGGUGGCUGGCUACACUGCAUUCCUCUUCGGUUUCUGGGCCAUUGGUGCCAUCCUCCCCGAAAGUACCACCAUCGCCGAGAGUAUCAAAGAUCAAAAUAGCCUCUUUCAAGCAUGUCUGGACAGGUUGGGAAUCACGGGCGUUUCCUUGAUGGCGUUGCUCUCUGGGUUUGCCUCUGUCAGUGCGAUCUGGCAAACCUUUGGGCCCAAGCCUCGGCCAGUCACGGAGGCAGAAAUCACACGGAAACAGGCCGGACUAGAUGCCACGAUUGACAUGGUCGCCGAGAAGAAAAGCAAACUGGACCACCUAGGAAGGAAGAAUUUGGAAGUGCCAAACCAAGGAUUUUGGGGACGAACGGUCGGCUCCUUCCGAGGCAAUGCCGACAACCAGGAGAAGCAGACGCUCGAGAUGGAACUGAACGGCCUGGAGACCAUGGCCUCGUCCCUGGAAUCGACCAUCAACAUCCUCCGCGUGCGACGAAGCGAUCAGCUCCGUGCGACCACGAAAACGGGAAGACUAUCACUCGGUCUAUCCACCAUCUUCGCCAUCUACUGCGUAUAUCGCAUCUGCAUGACGAGCUUCAACGUGACACGGCGCAUAUUCUCGCGGGGCCCGAGGAGCAACACAUCGUCCGAGACGGACCCGGUCACGUACACGAUCGCGCUCUUCGCACGUCACAUCUACCCGUCGCUGGACCAGGAGUCCUGGGCGCAGCAGAUCUCGUUCCUGCUUUCGGGCGCGAUGCUGCUUGCAUCCUUCUCGGCCGUCACUCAGACAUUCCACCUCUUCUCGCGCUUCAUGCCCUCGGCUGUCCACGCCACCAAGACUAAUUUUGCCCUUCUCAUCAGUCAGAUCAGCGGAAUGUACGUCAUCAGCUCCGCGCUGAUGCUGCGCGGCAUGAUGCCCAAGGAGGUCGGGAGCGUCAUCAACAGCGCGCUGGGAGCGGGCUUGCUCGAGCCUGCGUGGGUGCAGCGCUGGUUCGAGGGCUUCUUCAUCCUCGCCGUCAUCGCGACCGCCUUGGGUAUUUUUCUCGGUCGCCAGAUCUCCGGUAUCGCUUCUUGGGAGGACGAUGCCGGUUGGGACGGCGCGGCUGAGAUGGGGAAGCGUUCGUGA